UAUACGGAUACCGUAGCAGCUGAAAUCCACGCUCCUGCUGCACAUGGUGCUUGAGGAAGUGUUCUAGGCUCCGAGUUGGUAGCUUUAACUUCUCAGUUUCUUCUUUUCUUGGUCGAUAUACCUGGAGAGAUAGCCAUGGGAGGUCAAGCUAAAGGCAAAAAGUGCAACAAAGCCAAGAAGAAGCAGAGAGGAGGAUCCAGAGGUUGUGAUCUUUCUGAUUUGUCGGCACACGACAGGAUGAAAAUCAGGAUGCAUGAGAAGGCAAAGAAGAAAACAGCUGGAAAAUACACAGUUGGACAACUAUUAGAAAAAACUGAAGAGUGCUUGGAUAAUUUUAAUUAUGAGAUGGCGCAGCUGUUUUGCCAGAGGGCCUUGGAUAUGGAUCCGACAAACCUAGAAAUCUUGGAUAUGAUGGGGAAUAUCUGCAUGGAACUGGGGAAUGCAGAGAAAGCAAAACAGGUAUUUUUAAAAGCCGUAGAGCUUAGCCCUGACAAAGGACAUGCCAAAUAUAUGUAUCUCGGGCAGAUACAUUGCAAAGAAGAAGCUUUACAGUACUUCAGUAAAGGAUUAGAAGUGAUGAUCAGUGCUUAUCAAAGUCAACCACAACCGUUCGGAGCAGCCAGUCGCUCCGGUGAGAUGGAAGUAACUACUAAAGAUAUCUCGGCAGCUUUCUGUUCUGUUGCAGAAAUUUACUUUACAGAUCUAUGUAUGGAGGAAACCGCUGGAGAUAGAUGCAAGGAAGCCAUUCAGAAAGCCUUAGAAUACGAGCCCAACAAUGCCGAGGCGCUUCAGUUAAUGGCGAGUUAUCUCUACAGCAUGGAGCAGAUUCAGGAGGGGAAGGAGUAUUUGUUGAAGAGCUUGGCACAAUGGUUACCAAGUAUGCAGAAAGCUGAAGAGGGUUUGAGUGAGGACGCCCGUAAUAUGGAGUUGCUAGAGACUUUGAUACCACCGUAUGAGUCCCGGAUCACAACGGCCAAGUUAUUAACAGAAGCUGAAGAAUAUGAGCUUGCCACUGAGAUUCUGGAAGGCCUUCUAGAUGAAGAUGAUGAAGUUAUCCAGGUGUGGUAUCUUUUGGGAUGGGUAUGUUAUCUCCAAACCAAGGCUUCUGAUGAGGAUAACGAUUUCAAGGACUCUGCCAGGACGUAUCUAAGGAGAGCCAAAAAGCUUUACAACAAGUUGAAAUGUGACGAUUCUGAACUAUUGGGACACAUCGAGCAAAUACUGAGUGAGCUGGGUGGAGAAGGAGAGAUUGAAGAUUCCGAUACGGAGCAGCCGCGACUCGAUGGCAUUGAAGAUGAUUUUGUACCAUGUAGUGAUGACGAUGAAGAAGCCAUGGAAUCCUGA